AUGGCCGAUUCAACCCAACCCGACGAUCACACCGCCGCCGUGAAACCCUACAACCCCUACCAAGACCUCGACGCUCCGAUCAAGAAGCUCUACCACCUCCCAACUUCGCCGGAGAAUCUCUUUCCCGACGUAGCUUCAAGACCCUACCGUUCAUGGGGAAACAACCUCCAGCACUGCACCGGCAUUUGCUUCCUCUCCGGCGGCACCGUCGGCCUCGUCCACGGCGCCGUUAAGGGACUCAAGGCCGCCGGCGCCGGCGAGUCUCGGAAGGUCAUGAUGAGCAGGGCUUUGAGCUCCGGGCUGGAGCUGGGUGGGAGGUACUCAGGGACUAUGGGGAUUUUGGGGUUUUACUUCUCUGUGAUUGAGAGUGGGAUUGACUCUUACAGGGGUAAAGAGGGGAUUUUGAACACUGGUGCUGCUGGAUUUGGGGCUGGGGCGAUGUACAAGGCGGCGCGUGGGCCAAGGGCGAUGGCGGUUGCGGGGGUGAUUGGUGGCGCUGCGGCUGUGGCGGCGGUUUCGGGGAAAACGGCGGUGAAGAAGUAUGUUGGGGAGGUUGGUGUUUGGGGGUUUUGA